AUGGCAUCGUCACAGUCUCGAAAAUCAGUUCUCGUGACCGGCGCCAACGGUUAUAUUGGCAAUGCCGUCUGCAAGGCCUUUGUUCGUGCAGGGUGGUGCGUCUUCGGGCUUGUCAGACAACCCGAGGCUGCCCAGUCUCUUGCAGCUCAAGAGGUCAUUCCUCUACUUGGAUCAGCCACUCUCCAGGACUCCGGGGCAUCGGAUCCCUCCAACACCGACGAACUCCUGCAACGAUACCCUUGGCUCAAAGAUCUUUUGGCCCAAACUGUAAAGCUGGACGUCAUCAUUGGCUGCUCGGAGCAGUGGCCCGACUAUGUCUCGCACUACACGAGUGUAACCCAAUUCUUCCGUGCGCUUGCGAGCAUCAGUAGCUCUAAUGGCACCAAGCCUCUGGUCCUCUGGUCGAGCGGCUGCAAAGACUAUGGUGUGGGCGCUUUGAGCGACGCGCCAGAUCUUAGACCUCAUACGGAGGAGUCGCCGCUAAUGACCGAGGGAUUCCUGGCUCCGCGGACGGAAUAUAGCCAGAAAAUCUUCAGCCACUCUGACAUAUUCGAUGCCGUACUGCUUCGGCCUACCAACGUCUACGGCUACAACAGUAGCUUCUACGGGGCAGCGUUCCAAUUUGCCGAAGAGUUGGCCAGCAAAGGCAGCGGUCUCGAUCGUUCAGGAAAGAUUGAGGUCCCUCUCGAAGGGCGCAGUAUCAUGCACGCAUUGCAUGUUGACGAUUGUGCGGAAGCCUAUCUCGCGCUCGCAGAACAUUCGGGCCGCAACGCUAUUGCGGGACAGUGCUUCAACAUAUCGUCGAGCUCUUUCGAGACCACUGACCAGGUCGUCCAAGCGCUUGCUCGUGAUUACAGUAUCGCGGAAAAGGUGUUGUGUGUCGGUGAGACUUCAGAGACUCCUGGGCACCUCGCAAAUAUCUUUGGGUAUAGUCAGUGGGUCGACAGCAGCAAGAUUCGGGCAGCUACUGGAUGGCAAGACAAGCGGCUGUCCUUCAGCCAGGGCAUCGGCGUCUACCGGCGUGCUUACGAGGCCACAAAGGGUUCGGACAGUGGCAGUAGGAAUGUCGACAAACUUCACACGGUCAGCCUCAAAUAG